AUGAUCGAAAACACAAUCCCCAAGUACCUGCUCAUCAGGACGUGCAUCCUAGGCUUUCGCGCAAUCACGCCUUUUAGCAUCUUCUGGGUUUCUUUCAGCAUCGCAGAACCCCCACAUUCGGCCUUUCGACGUUUUUUGCUCACGUGGAGCAUAAUAGAAACUGCCUUUUGGUUGCUCGUCUACCUACCCCGCAAGCGCGCGCUCCAAGCCUCUGCACAACACCCACAACCGCUCGAGAAAGAGGAGAGGAAGGAACUGUUCUGGCGAUGCUGGGAUAAGAUACCGCACCCGGAAUAUUAUAUCAGCCGAUGGUUCCUGGGCGCGCGGCCGGGCGAGAUACGACGUGAGAAUGUGCGCGAGUUCUAUGCGUGGGCUUUACUGAACCGCGGCUCUGAAAGCGACGAGGAGCGAAGGAAGCGGCGACAGGCACACCCAGAGGAGGCCAAUGCUGAGGACGACGAGCUGAAUGAGUAUGCGGACGGCAUAGAGACGAUGCUUGGGAGGAAGCUGGAGCCUGGAUGGGGUAGCGCAAAGAGCCUUCGGUUGACGACCGACCAGGUCAAUAUGGCGCAUCGGCCCUUUCUGUGGUACAUGAUUGUAAUGCUUGUCGAUACGCUCACUGCCGUUCGUCUGCGCUACUAUGGCUUCAUACUAUUCCGCACCCAGCUCCGCUCCUCGCUGGCCAUCUUCCCACCGCGGCUCGCCAGUCUCACCACGCGCAGCAUCUCCUCUGCACCAGACAUGAGCUACUGGUACCGACCACAUACCUCGAAAACACGACUGCCGAUUCUCUUCGUACAUGGUAUUGGCAUCGGCCUGCACCCAUACGUCGAGUUCUUGAACGAGAUCAACAAGCACGAUCCGCUUGCGGCAGAAGACGGUCAAGUCGGAAUUAUUGCGGUGGAAAUCAUGCCUGUCAGCUUCCGUAUAACUGGGCCGAUUCCUGACAAGGACAACAUCUGCCGGCAGAUUAAUAUCAUCCUAGAACGACAUGCUUUCGACAAAGUCGUCCUGGCCAGUCACUCUUACGGUUCUGUCAUCUCCACCCACCUCCUCCGGGACCCCAUCACCGCUGCGAAGAUCGGACCGAUGGUCUUUGUCGACCCUGUUACAUUCCUACUACAUCUGCCUGAUGUAGCAUACAACUUCACAGCACGUCGACCAAAAGGUGCGAACGAGCAUCAGCUCUAUUACUUCGCUUCGACCGACAUGAUGGUUGCGCAAACGCUAGCCCGUCAAUUUUUCUGGGCACAAAACAUCCUGUGGAAGGAAGACCUUAAAGACCGAGAUGUCACUGUCAGCCUCGGUGGUAGGGACCUUAUAGUCGAUACUGAGACAAUCGGCAAAUACCUAAAUAGCGCCGACCUCAAGGGUGAGGAUCGAGCAUGGAAGGACUCCGAGUGGAGAGGCCAUGGUUUAGAGACGAUAUGGUGGCCGACCGUAGACCAUGCACAAGUUUUUGAGAGGAGAGAGGGUAGGAUGAGACUAGUGCAUGUUCUCAGAGAGUACGUCAAGCGCAAAGCAGAGGACGAAGAAGUAGAAGAGCUUCCCUGA